AUGUCACAACCACCACUCUAUGACUCGACCGGGAUCGAAUACUACACGAUCCCACAAUUCAGCUUCAGCAACGGGACGACGCUGCACGACGUCAAAGUCGCGUACCGACAAUUCAACGCGUCGUCCACGGCGGGCACGGUACUGAUCCCGACAUGCUACGGCGGACACAUCAACACGACGCUGACGCUGACCAACGGGCCUCAUGACGCACUGGCGCACUACCGGGUGAUCGUGGUCGCGAUGCUCGGCAACGGCGAGAGCAGCAGCCACAGCAACAAGGCGUUUUUCCCGGAGCCGGGCGAGCUGCGGUACCAGGACUUGGUGCGGGCACAGCACGCGCUGCUGACCGAACACCUCAAGGUCGAGCGUCUCCUCGCCGUCAUCGGUUUCAGCAUGGGUGGCCAGCAGGCGUACCACUGGGGCGUCAUGUACCCGGAGUUUGUGGGGCAUGUGGUGGCGAUCUGCUCGAGCGCGCGCACAUCCGCGCACAACUAUGCGUUCCUCGAGGGCCCGAUCGCCGCGCUGACCAACUCGAUCGACUACAUCGCCUGGCGCGCCAUGAAGAAGAAGGUCGCGGACGGCGAGGAUGUGGGUCAGAACUUGAAGGACGUGGUGCCCAAGCACGGCAUCAGGGCGUUCGCGCGCACGUAUGCCGCGUGGUUGACGAGCGCGGCGUGGUUCCGGGACCGCGAGUGGAGUAAAGGUGUUUUUGCCGCGUUUGGGAGCCUCGACGAGUGGAUGAAGGCCCGCGAGGACGGGUAUUUGAUCUGGGAUGCGCAGGACCUGUUGGUGCUGGCCCGCAUGUGGCAGUUGGGUGAUGUCGGGGAUGCGAUGCCGGGCGAGGAGGUCACGGGCGUCAAGAGCCUCGGGUACAAGGUGCCGGACGAUGCGAGAUAUGAGAAGGCCUUGAGGAGUAUCAAGGCCAAGGUCCUCCUGUUGCCGUGUCGCUCCGAUCAGUAUUUCCCGCCGGAGGACUCGGAGAUCGAGGUCGGGUAUCUGCAGAGUGGCCGUGUCGAGGUCAUUGAGAGUACUUGGGGCCAUGUUGCGGGUGGUGGGUUGAAUCCUCCCGAUACGGCGUUUUUGAAUGAGAGGAUUGGGAGGUUUCUGGCGGAGAAGUAG